AUGCGUUCCUUCCUCAGAGAUAUCAGCCUCCCAACACUGGGAUCCAUACUGGGUGCCGCCCUCCUCGCCACCCCCAGUUUGGCUGCAGACCCGAGCCUCGUCGGAUAUCUGGGAACCUUUUUCCUGGGCGACGAGCCGUCCGUCUACUUUUACCUUAGCAAUGGAAACGACGCGCUCUCCUUUAGCCCCUUGAACAAUGGCACCCCAGUCAUCAAGCCGACCCAGGGCACUGGGGGUGUACGCGAUCCGAACAUUGUGGCCGGUGGCGGUGCUGAGGCUGGCAAGAAGUGGUACGUCAUCGGGACGGACCUGGACAUAGCAAAAACAACUUGGGAUCUUGCGCAGCGCAAUGGCUCUAGGGGUAUUUUUGUCUGGGAAAGCACCGAUCUCGUCAACUGGCAGAAUGAGCGGCUUGUGACUGUUGAAGAUGACACUGCUGGCAUGGUAUGGGCUCCCGAGGCUUUGUGGGAUCCAUUGAUGCAGCAAUACAUGGUUCACUGGGCAUCCAAAUUUUACCCGGCAUCGGACCCAGGACACACCGGCGCGCCGUCGCACACCGUGAUCCGAUACGCCCACACGAGCGACUUUAUCACCUUCACGCCUCCCCACACCUACAUCGACCUGAGCCCCACGGACGUCAUCGACCUCGCCAUCCUCCCCGUGCCCGGCAGCGACACGGAGUUCAUCCGCUUCAUGAAGGACGAGACGCUCAAGACCGUCUUUGUCGACCACGGCGUCGACGGCCUGCACGGGAACUUCACCAGGGAGGGCGGCCCCAGCGCGAUCAUCGACUCGGGCGUCGAGGGGCCGGCACCGUUCUGGGACAACCAGGUCCAGGGCAAGGCUCACGUCCUCCUGGACCACUACGGCGCCGACGGGUACUGGCCUUAUGAGAAUGCUGUCGACCCGACGAAGAACUCUGGCUGGUCGGUGAGCGACAGGACCAACUUCCCCAAGAACUUGAGGCACGGCAGCGUGUUGCCGAUUACUCAGGUCCUGUACGACAACUUGAAGUCGAAAUUUGCAUGA